UCGCUGACGGGAUCAUCACGUGGAUCAUAAUAAUCUGCGCAGCAGUAAACUACGCGAAGUACAUUUUACUUGGACGAAUCAGACUCCAGUGAAGUAUUGAGUGGGGGCGGACAAGAUAAACCUCCACUGGGCGAAGUAAAAUGGCUCAGUGCGUAUCAUAGGACAUAGCCGAUGGUUGAUUUUUGUGCUGAACCCGACUAGAGAGUCAAAACUAUUUUACUACAUGAUAAAAUACAAAAAGAGGAGUUUACAUUUGGCUAGCUGGUUAGCUAGCUUGCGUCGAUUGAGCAGAGGGGCUGGUGUUGUUGCUGGCUGUAGAAAAGGAAAACAAUAUGGCGGCAUUGGAACUCGAAUGGAUACCAGAGACGCUGUACAAUACCGCUAUAUCAGCAGUGGUUGACAAUUACAGUCGAUCGCGAAGGGAUAUUCGUUCCCUUCCAGAGAAUAUUCAGUUUGACGUGUAUUACAAGUUGUAUCAGCAGGGUCGGCUCUGCCAGCUGGGAGGGGAGUUCUGUGAGCUGGAGGUGUUUGCCAAAGUACUAAGGGCCUCUGACAAAAGACACCUACUCCACCACUGUUUCCAGGCCCUGAUGGAUCAUGGGGUGAAGGUAGCCUCUGUCCUGGCCAACUCCUUCAGCCGGCGCUGCUCCUACAUUUCCGAGUCUGAUGCCCAUGUGAAGGAGAAGGCCAUUCAGUUUGGCUUUGUUUUAGGGGGCUUUCUAUCUGACGCUGGCUGGUAUGGUGAUGCAGAGAAGGUCUUUCUGUCGUGUCUGCAGCUGUGCACGCUGCAUGACGAGGUUCUGCACUGGUACCGUGCUGUCGAGUGCUGUGUCAGGUUGCUUCAUGUCCGUAAUGGCAACUGCAAAUACCACCUGGGUGAAGAGACUGUCAAGUUGGCCCAGUUGUACAUGGACAAAUUGGCCAAGCAUGGUCACCAGGCCAACAAAGCUGCGCUGUAUGGAGAGUUGUGUGCUCUGCUCUUUGCUAAGAGCCACUAUGACGAGGCCUACAGGUGGUGCAUCGAGGCAAUGAAGGAGAUCACCGUUGGUUUGCCUGUUAAAGUCGUGGUAGAUGUCCUUAGGCAGGCUUCCAAGGCCUGUGUGGUAAAGAGGGAGUUCAGGAAGGCAGAACAUCUGAUAAAGCAUGCUGUUUUCCUGGCACGUGAACAUUUUGGACACAAGCACCCCAAAUAUUCAGACACUCUCCUUGAUUAUGGAUUUUAUUUGCUGAAUGUGGAUAAUAUCUGCCAGUCAGUUGCAAUAUACCAGACAGCUCUAGAUAUCCGGCAGUCGGUCUUUGGGGGGAAGAACAUCCACGUGGCUACAGCUCACGAGGACCUGGCAUACUCCUCCUACGUGCAUCUCUACAGCUCUGGCAAAUUUGACAACGCACUCUUCCAUGCAGAGCGGGCCAUAGACAUUAUCACUCAGAUUCUCCCGGAGGAUCAUCUGUUGCUAGCCUCCUCCAAAAGGGUCAAAGCGCUGAUCCUGGAGGAGAUUGCUAUUGACUGCCACAACAAGGAAACGGAGGAGAGGCUGCUCCAGGAUGCACAUGACCUCCAUCUCUCCUCUCUCCAGCUGGCCAAGAAAGCUUUCGGGGAGUUCAACGUUCAGACAGCCAAACACUAUGGCAACCUGGGCCGUCUCUACCAGUCCAUGAGGAAGUUCAAGGAGGCGGAGGAGAUGCACAUCAAGGCCAUCCAGAUCAAGGAGCAGCUUCUGGGUCAGGAGGACUAUGAGGUGGCUCUGUCUGUGGGCCACCUGGCCUCGCUCUACAACUACGACAUGAACCAGUAUGAGGACGCGGAGAGGCUCUACCUACGCUCCAUCGCUAUCGGUAAGAAGUUGUUUGGUGAGGGCUACAGUGGACUGGAGUAUGACUAUAGGGGCCUCAUUAAACUGUACAACUCUGUGGGGAACUAUGAGAAGGUCUUUGAGUACCAUAAUAUUUUAUCCAACUGGAACCGACUGAGGGACCGUCAGUUUGCUGUUGCCGAUGCCCUGGAGGAUGUUAACACCAGCCCACAGGCCACCGACGAGGUGGUGCAGUCCUUCUUACUGUCACAGAACCAUGGGGCUGGCCCACCUGCUUAGCCACCGCAUCCCCCCGCCCCACCCACACACACACACACACACACACACACGCGCGCGCGCGCACACACAGAUAGUAACACUAAGGUGUUCACGCUGAUGUAUUGACCCCUCCCCCUCUGUAUCUGAUUAAGGGAUUGCCCUGGCAAUGACCUGUGGAAUGCGUUUCAUUUAGUGUAUUGGUCCUCAUUUCCACGCCCCUCCCCCAGGCUGAUUUAUAUUGUAAUCAGCCUAGCAUGUAACAUUUGAUGGAAGGAAUCUCUUGCCAUACACUUUGCAUCACGUAAGGCCACUGUCAUCCCCUUCAGGCUUCUGUAGAAAGUAUUGAAUUGUUGGGUUGGGAGAACAGUUAUAACAUUGUGUUUACUAGCUAUAAUAUAGUAGUUUUUUAUAUUGUUUUUAUUUUAAUAUAUUAGGACUUGCCCUUUACUGACCACAGGGAUGUCUCCUGUAAGCAUUGGUUUAGACCCUCUUUGCGUUUUGGGCAGUUCUAAAGAGCCAGAGUGAAUUUCUUUGUUUUUAAUUAUAAUAAUUUUUUUGUUACAUUUUUGGGUGGGUUUUUUAUUUAGGUGUAUUCCUUUUUUUGUCAAUGUCAUAAGGAAUUUACAAAAAAGCUCUCAUCCAUGGACCAAAUCUUCAGAUCAUUUCUUUUUGUAUCACCUGUUUCUGCCUCAUUCUUAAUACAAUGGUGCAGUGUUCAUGAAUGCUCUUAAAGGUUGUCAGUGAUUUGAUUGAUUUAAAAUGUGUAUUGAAUAGAUCACACUUGUGUUCAAAAUGUUUUAUUUCGGCAUUUGUCGUAUUGGUAUUGUAUAAAUGGUCAGUGUACCUUUGAGGAAUUAUAAUGCCAAGUGUUUUUUGGAAUUUCAAAGCUAACCCAAAAACAAGUGACCUAUAACCGACAAUUCAGAUGAAUCCCUCUCUGUCUUCUAAUGUAUAUCUCCAGACUGGGCCCCUCAAACACCAUUGACAAUAUAUUUGGCCUUGUUACCUAUUCGAAAGUAAUAAUGUACCCCAAUUUGUAUUCACUAGCUAAAUAGAAAUUAUUGCCUUGCUUUUAAACAAAUGCGAGUCUCUCAUGGAUGUUGUAUUUGUUAUUUUCUGUCUGAAGUCCAAGCCUUAGCCUUAAAGGACAAUCAGCUCAAGGUGCUCUUGCUCUGGAUCUUAGCAUAAUUGCUUUCUUGCCACUUGUCUGGGACUUAAGACUGAUCAUGUUGUCCUCAAAUCAAAGAUGGACAGUCCUUCUGAGUGAAGACCACCAGCACUGUUUAUCAGACAGCUUUAUACAACAGUUUUUUAGGGCAAUGCAUUAGGAUGAACAGAGCUCCAGAGACGGAUGCAGAACGACAGCUUGGAAAUAAUGACCAGGCAUGUCUGAGGCAGAUCAGAGAACAGAGAGCCAUUUAAGAACUUUAACUCUGAACAAGUGAAGCAAAAACAUAUUAUCUCAAUGUUUAAUCUUUUAACCCCCAAGCGCUUUGGCUGUGUUCACCUGAUUAAUAGAAAGUGUAGAUUUAGGAAAUGUUCAGGAAGGUGACCCACCAUGUUGUUAACUAAGUGUAUUGUGUCCUCUGGCUGGUAUAUGAAUGUCUGUACUGUAUGUCCCCAGUUUUGUUUACAAUGCUCUUAAUUAUUUCUGGUGAAUGUUACUGUAAGGGCUUCUUAGAAUAUCUAAUGGUAAUUGUGAUUGCUGCACGCAUGAAUUUGGUGCCAGUCCUCCACAUCUGUCAUGUUCAGCAAGACUGCUAUAAGACUAAUUUAAUUUGUCUUUAAAAGUGGCCAUAGAGCUCUAUCAGGGGUUUGAUGUUUGGUAGGUUAUAGGUGGAAUGAAAAUGGAUUUGAUCACUUCAAUACAUGUGUUCCACUCUAACUGGAGAAAAUACAGCCCAUGUAGCUUUUUUUAUGUUUUUAAAACUUUCUCUGUCUUUAACCUCACAAGCAUUUUGAGGCGCCAGCUUUUUGUACAGCACAUUUAUUUACACCUUACACACACACAAUUGUAAUCAUUGCUCACUCUGACACCUCCAGUCUGUUGUAAAUAGGUCUUAUUCUUGAAGUAUAACUAUGAGCAAGUUUUGCAGACUUGCAUUAAGCCCACUCUUCAAAUAUAUUUCUGAUUUUAGAUUGUGACUUCAUAUUAAACUUCAUAUUAAAAGGUUUGCUUCAGAAAUUGCCCUGUAUUAUAUGUGCUAAACAUUUAUUGAGAUCGAAUUUGUAGGGUCUUGCAUAUCAAGACAAUUUGGCAAUUUUAUUAAAUAAUGUAAUAUUGGUCUGUGAAACGAGCCCUAAAUGUGUUAAAAGAAUAUAUGUAAUGUGCCUAUAGUUUACAUGCUCAGACUCACUUUGACUUUAGGUAUGGCCCUAAGAGAAGUACAGUAUUUGACAGCGUUUGCUGAGUUGGAUCACAUAUUUGCAUUGAAGUGAUGUAUUGUUUAUAUCUUGUGUUCAUAGCAUACUGCUUUUAGUUCUGCAUGCUGCACAGGUCUGAAUAAAAUAAUCUAGUUAUGAGUGGCCUUAGUGGUAUUAAUCAUGAUGUCCAUGUCUACCCAGAAAGGUAAAAAAAAAAGUGUGCAUUAAGAACAUGUACUUUUCAUGUAAUCUCCAUUCUUUAAUGUGUUUCCAGUAUCCCCAAAUUGAAAAAGAUGGCUUUAUUUUGUCAUGGGAUUGGAUUGUUAUGAAAUUGCUAAGAAAAUGUGAAAUCAGAGGACUUCCUGGAGUUGACAUUUGUUUAAUGUUAAAGACGCAAUCUGGAUUUGCUACCUCAGUUUUCAAACCUGUAUGUUAUGUUCAUCCAUUUGACUGUUGAAUAAUUUAACUUAUAAAUGCGUCAAACUUAGUUGUACCCAAGUAGCACCCAAAUAUCAGCUUGUUUCACACCAAUGUUUGUUUAUCAAGUGAAUUUAAAGAAACUGUACUGCCUCAAAACAUGGUGCAGACCAUUAUGAUGAUAUCAGGGAUGGUCAGUCCUUACAUCAAUAGCUCUGUCUAGGAAUUUUGAGUAGUUACAUUUCUCAAGCUUCAACCCUCAACUGUCUACAGUAACGGGUGGGAAGUUGGUUUCAUUUUUCUCUCAAUUUCUGAUUCCCGAUUAACACUACCAUAUUUUUGUCCAAUAAUCAUUGAUGUUACAUUGGAAAGAUUUGGCUUUAUUGUGGUCCUGUAAAAAUGAAUGGCUGUUGAAAUUUGAAUUAACGACAUGUGAACAUCACAAUUAGUGCCACAAUGCGCUCUUAGAUUAAUGUUCUUUGGCCUGUGUAACGCAGUCUCCAGUAGGACUGUCACUGCACAGUACAAUGCACCACCAUUAAAUUAAAAUAAACAUGUUUGUACAUUAUAAA